AUGACAAUAAUCGACAUUAUAUCUCGAUUUAGUAAAUACAUCUAAUAAUUACGCUGUAUUUAUAACAAUGAAGAAUUUUAUUAAAUAACAUUUAGACAUAUUUUUAUAUAAUAAAAUAAACUUUUUAUUAUUAAUGUAAGGAUUUUAUAAGGUAAAGAAGAAAAUCCUUAAUUUAUAAGCUACACGAUUAUGAUUUUCUAUAUAAUCACUUUAUGUUUAUUCCUUUCCUAUCAAAAAACUGUUUUAGCAAAUAAUGAAACCGUCAAUUAUGCUUUGUAUAAGAGUUCUAUGGAAAAUGUGGAUUUAUUCGAAGGCGAUAUUAGAUUGGAUACGUCAUUUGGAGAGGACCUAUUGUUUUUGGAGGUUCGAGCGAAAAGCCAUGCCGGAAUGUCUUCCAAUGAUCUUCGUUCCUUCUAAUUUUUUUAACAGAAUCGCAAAAGACGUGUCUAAUUCCCUGGAUAGGGUCUAUCCAUUAAGUUCUCUUGUUCACUUGUGUGUUACAUAUCAGAAUUGGACGUUCAUUAUCAAGGGCUUUCUUGGAAAUCUUUUACGGUAAACCUGGAAUCCAGACCUUGUGAAAGAUCAAGAAUUAGGCGACUGAGAAUGUGGCAUCCUGAUCAUAUGUGAUUACCAGUGUAAUUAAGAUCUCUCAAAUAGAAGAAAACAAUGUCUCAAUACAGUAUUUAAUAUUCUUAUGCGUAUUUUGUUUUUUGGAUUUUCUGCUCCUUCCUUCUUGCGAACACAAAAGAGGCCUUAACUAGUGCUCAUUGUGGAUUCGCCCACGUCCCUCAUUGUGGACCUGGGCAAACUCACAAUGGGCACAACAAUUUUCGUCGUACAGUUAGUGUUUCUAUUCAAAAUGGUGAUGCUUUUCGUCGUAUCUGUAUUCGAACUGACGCAUGGAUAACGGAUAC